AGUAAGAAGAAGAAACAAUUACAAGGAUGGAAACAUUCCGCCGCUGGAAGUCUGGGUGGAAUGACAGGUGCCAUAGUGACUUCUCCAUUCGAUGUUGUCAAAACUAGACUUCAAUCGGACAUGUUCAAACAUCACGAUUCACUUCCGACCAAGACUAUCAGGAGAGGAGGAGCUUGGCAUUUCGUGGAUACAGUGUAUAUGAUUCGACGUAUAGCAGUGGAUGAAGGUUGGAGAGCAUUGUAUAAAGGUCUUGGUCCGAGUUUAGUAGGUAUAAUUCCCGCUAGGGCUAUCAACUUUUAUUUUUAUCCUACUAGUAAAGCAUAUUUAGCGGAGAGGUUUCCUAAUGCACCCACGGAGAAAGAAGGACAAACGGCAGAGGAUAGUCCCUUGAUACAUCUCGGUGCGGCUGUGAUAGCUGGAAUCACCACUGCAACAGGUACAAAUCCCAUCUGGGUAGUAAAAACCCGACUUCAAUUAUCCGCUCGAAAAAUCCAACCUUCUUCAUCUUCCCCUAUACUUCAGCCUUCUCCAAUCCCAUCCUCUUCCGGCUUACCAAAACCCAUAAUACAAUCCAUUGCCGCCCUCCCUCAUCUCCCUUCUUCCACCCCAUCAUCUUCAAUCACUCCCUCUCGUCUCUCAGCACUAGAUAUGACUCUUCAAAUCAUUCGACAAGAAGGUUUUCGCGGACUAUACCGUGGUCUCUCAGCUUCAUAUCUCGGAGUAUCAGAAGGUGUCAUUCAAUGGGUCUUGUAUGAACGUUUCAAACGACUCAAUUCUGAUAAACCCCCUUCAUCAAAAUCACAAUCUCUCGCGGCGUACAUAACGGGUAUAGUGAGUGCUUCAGGAGGAGCGAAAGCAGUAGCUUCAUUGAUCACUUACCCCCAUGAAGUGGUGCGAACAAGAUUACGACAACCUGAUGUAGGUGGAAAGAAAAGAUAUACGGGGUUGAUACAAUGUUUGAGGUUGGUAAUUAAAGAAGAAGGUGUUAAAGGUUUGUAUGGUGGUUUGACAGCUCAUAUGUUUAGAGUGGUACCUAAUGCUGCGUGUAUGUUUUUGAUAUAUGAGUUGGUAGCGGAACGAUUAGGAUCUUGA